AUGCACGGCACUGGAUUACGCUCUCUUCUCGGCCAGCUGGUGAUAGUGCUGCUCUUGACACAGGUCCUGGGACGGCUGCACAAGCGAAAUGGCUAUCAUUAUAGACCCCAGCAGCCACCGCCACUUCACCAGAACGGAUACUUCGAGCCACAUCACCCGGCUGUGGAGCCUCCGGAGCCGGAGAAGCCACAACACAGUUCAAAAAGUUACUACAGCCAAUCUGGAAAUGGAGGUGGAUCCGGCAAAGGAGGAGGAGGCUACAGCAUAGGCAGUGGACUCCGCUCCAUAGCUCAAGGAUCAGCAGAUCAGGCUUACAGUGCUGUGGCCAAUCAACAUGCCGCUGCCAAGCAGGCGGCUUACAUAGCCCAGAACACUCUGGCUCAGGCGGCUUCUCAGGCAGCAGCCACUGCGCAGGCGGCCCUGGUGGGAAAGCAGGUGGUUCUCCAGGAACUGGAGCAACAGGCAGCCGAGGCCCAGCGCUCCCUCUCGAGGGAGCUGGAGCAACUGAAGGCGGCCAAGAUCUCCGCCAAGUUGGCCCAACAAACAGCCCAAGCCGCCCAUCAUCAUAUAUCGGUUCUCACAGCAGCCGUGAAUAAUGCCAAAUCCGUAGCGGAACAGGCGGAGCAAACUUCCACAGAGGUGAACAAUCAGCUGGCCUCCCAGUCUACUAUGGUGGGUCAGGCUAAGAACCGACUGGAGCAAGUGGAGGAGCAACUGCACCAGGCCAGAGUAGACUACGCGGCGACUAAGGAGUCUGCUUUGAAGGCGGCCAACUCGGCGGCAGCAGCCCAGGUUAACGCCUCAAAGGCGGCCCAACACGCCACGAUUGGACUCCACGAGAGCACCAAUCCCUCAGCUCAUGGGCACGAGGGUCAAGAGCUUAGCGGAGAGGAGGAGUCUUAUGACGACCACCUGGCCCCCAGUGGAGGGGGAGAAAUAUCUUUGGGUCAUACAGCAGGUGGAGAGGAGAUUACUGAGCAUGUUAGAACUCCCUACAAGUGA